UGCCCCGUUUCCGGCGGCCUGCAGCGCCGUCCUCCUCUGCUCCGCGGGCCUCUGAUCCGGAGCGAGCGCGCCGGGCUGACGCAGAGGCCGUGCAGCCGCGGCCGGGCCAUGGAGGAGCCGGCGGCCAAGCCCGGCGCCCCCCGCCAGCUGGCCCUGGAGCAGGUGUACCGGCUGGCCGGCUCGCUGGGCUCGGAGCUGCAGCGCCUCUCGGACCUCUGCGGGUCGGCCGCCGUGGCCGCGCUGGUGCCGCAGGUGGUGUGCCUGCUGGAGCUGCUGGAAGCGCUGGCGGCCGGCGCCGGGCCGCGCAAGCUGCCUCAGCGGGAGGCGGCCACGGCCACGGCCGGGGAGGAGGUCCGGCCGGCGGCCUCGCAGGAUGAGGAAGAGACCCUCUCGGAAGGCCGGAAGAGAGAGCGCCUGCUGCAGGUGCGCCUGGCCCAGGUGGAAGAGGAGAACCAGAAGCUCUUGGGCCAGCUGGCUGGCGGCCAGUCCCAGGCAGAUAGGGCCACGCACAAAGAGAGGGAGGUGAUGCUGCGACUCAAGGAGGUGGUAGACAAACAAAGGGAUGAGAUCCGCGCCCAGGCCCACGAGAUCCUCAGCAAGAGUCGUGACACGGAGGCGCUUCAGGAGCAGCUCAGCCGCUUCAUGGCCGUGAACGAGGAGCUGCGCCACAAGCUGGCCGUGGUUCAGCUGCAGCUGAAGAAGGCCCUGCAGGAGAAGGAGGCCCUGGAGAACGCUCUGCUGGCGACCAGCCGGGAAGCAGACAGGCUGAAGGAGGCGCAGCGGGGAAAGGAGUCCUCCAGGCCUGGCAUGGACAAGGGUGCUGCAGCAGCACCUAUGGAGGAGGCCCCUAGCAGAGACCAGGGAGGGAGGUGCUUCUCCAAGGAAGAACUUCAGGAGAUCCUUCAAGAACGUAAUGAGCUCAAGACCAGCCUGUUCUUGGUGCGGGAGGAGUUGGCUUAUUACCAAAGGGAGCUGCUUAACAACGAGCGAAUCCCCAGCCUCCUCCUGGGUGCCAUGCAACUGGCCAUCCGGAAGCAACACAAGAAGAUCCGUGCUAAGAUGCUGGGGACGACAGAGGAGUCAGGGAGCAGUGAUGAAGAGGAGGGAGUGUGGCUGGCUUCACCUGACUCAGACACAGUGGAUGGCUCCGUGGCCCAGUCCAGGAUCAAGAGCUUUUUUGGCUUGUGGUAUCGCAGCGGCAAAGACAGCUCUACAGACGCCUACCCUGGAGCCUGGGAGAUUGUUGAUCGGCAAGAGGUUGACCCAGAGAAGGAAGAGGAGGAGAGGAAAGGGGCCUGAAUGAACGCUCACCCUUCCCUGCACCAGAUGUCACUGGUUGGACCCUUAGAACUGCACUGAGAUGGAAGAGUGUCUUCCCAUGGUGACCCCCUGGGAUUACCAGAGUUGCUUCAACUGAUCCAGCAGCUGCCUCAGUCCUGGAGAGGACGGCCUGCAGGCUGCAAGGGAGAAGCCAUCUGGGAAAACAGGACGGCCACAUUGUUCCUGUCAAGGACCACACAGCACACACUUGAGCCUGUGGCUCACGCUGUUGGGGUGCCUGCAGUAGGCCAUGCUACCUGCUGGUACAAUGACCAUGAGCCGUACCAAUAUUCCCCAAGAGCUGUUUUCUUUUUGACUGAAAUGCAAAUGAUAAGAUACAGUUUACUAGUACAGCGUGGAAGUUUAAUUAGUUCCAUCCUCUAAACUACCUGUGAAAGAUCACUCUGCUGUUGCCUCCAAAGCAACAUCUCAUAGCCUGUGUCUUUCACAAGUUCUCUGCAGCCCACUUUUUGGGCCACUUAUGCAAUGUCUUGCCAAAUAUGGAAAAAAGAAUUCAGUCACUUUCAAGAAUCUGUUGUGGGUAUCUUCCUCUUCAGUUUUAAACAACUUGUAACUAUUUUAAGCAAUUUGUAACCUUUCUUUAAGCACACUUUUCAAGUUUCAGGUGGGCAACUGUGCAGUAGAACAGCAAUAACAGUAGCACUUUAAAGACCGUCAAGAUUUGCAGGGUAUAAGCUUUCGAGAGUCAGAGCUCCUUGUGUCAGAUACCACUUUCAGGAGUGAGUAUCUCAGCCCUCAGGCAAGGCCUGGAUGCCGUAGUCAGGUGGGCCACAGGACAACAGGUCAAAAGAAAAUAACAGAUCUAACAUAGCCAGAGAUGUGGACGUUGUGGAAGGAGGACAGCUUUGGUCAGUGCGAGGAUCACAUGGGCAAAUUCAGUGAAGUGGUAGUAUCUUGCUGGAUCCUGCACGUUUGACGGGAAAACAAGUAGUGCUUUAAUUAGCUGUGUUUGGUAGGUUUAUUUGUUCCCUCCUUAACUGGCAAGACAUCCAUACUAUUGUAGUGUAACAUGCUAUGCAAAAAUUUGCCCUGAAGAAACUUCUGCUCUGAUUGCCCACUUGUUUCUAGGUCCCAUUCAAGAUGCUUGUUUUGAGCGCUGAAGCUGUUCUUACACCUUAAGGACAGUGUGUGCAUAUUCUCCCGUCACUUGGGGAAUGCGGGAAGGCAUUAGAUCAUUUGCAGCUUUUUUGUGGGGGCUGCAGCCCAGACAUUAUGGGCUGCCUUCCACAUGGGGUAAAAAGUGUCUUCUGGCUGCCUUGACGAGAUGGGGCAGGCAUUUACCUCCUUUUUAGAGUUUCUGUAUACCAGCACAGGUGUGAUUACAGGGUGUUCUAAAUGGAUAUUGAUUGUAAUAUUUUAUGAGUCACUUUGGAUAUAAAUAUUUUAAUAAAGAGAACUUAAUGCUGU